AUGACUUCCCCAGUAUUGAAAUCACCAUUAUCCAAGUCAUUAAGAAUUGCCUUAUUGCAAUUGAAGGCAGGUGCUGACAAGUCAGCCAACUUGGCCAAAGUUACCAAGUACAUUGAAGAAGCCGCUUCCAAAACGCCCAAAGUAGAUCUUGUAAUGUUGCCCGAAUGCUUCAAUUCACCCUAUGCAGUUGACCAAUUUGGCAAGUAUGCCGAGAACAUUCCCGAAGGAGAAACGACCAAAUUAUUAUCAUCAUUGGCCAAGAAACAUGGUAUAUUUAUUAUUGGCGGAUCGAUCCCGGAAUUAUCAUCCGAUAAGGUCUACAACACCUCGUUGACGUUUUCACCAGAGGGCGAGAUCAUUGCCAAGCACCGCAAGGCACAUUUGUUUGAUAUUGAUAUUCCCAAUGGAAUCACUUUUCAGGAAUCUUUGACGUUAACCGGUGGCGAUAAAGCCACAGUUUUCAAAUUGGGUGAUUACGGAAAUGUAGGUCUUGGAAUCUGUUAUGAUAUUAGAUUCCCCGAAUUGGCUUCAAUUGCAUCACGUAGUCCAUAUAAUUCUUUUGCCAUGUUUUACCCCGGAGCUUUCAAUACCACGACGGGACCAUUGCACUGGCACUUAUUGGCUCGUUCAAGAGCUGUUGACAACGAACUAUACACUGUUUUGUGUUCACCAGCAAGGGACGUUGGAGGGAACGGAUACCAAGCUUAUGGACAUUCGUUGGUUGCCGAUCCAUUUGGUAAGAUCAUAGCUGAAGCCGGGGAAGGUGAGGAAAUCUUGUACGCGCAAUUGGAUAAAGAUGUCUUGACCAAGGCAAGAGAAGGUAUUCCAGUUCAUUACCAAAGACGAUUCGACAUAUAUGGUGAUUUCGUUAAUGACAAAUCAACUAAAGUCAGCGAUAAAUAA